CAUUGCAAUUUAAUUAAGCUGAUCUGGAAUAUUUAUGAACAAAGUUAAACAACGAAAAUGUAGACGGAAGUUUAUAACUUACAAAUAUCUUCUCGUUCAAGCUAUCGACUUAAAAUUUCAUUAUGAAAUCCCGAACGUCAAUUUAUUUACUAUCCUCUCGAAGUCAAUCCUCGCCAAUUGCCAUCGUAUUCCGAGAACGCUAAAGGAAGCGGAAUGAUCUCGAACACAAUAACGAAUAUUACAAAGAUUCCCCAAGGGGAAUCUUCAGGGGAUUCUUGGAGAUUCUCGACGACCGGCUAUCUGCAGGAGCCUCACUCCACGAUCGGCGGCGCCGUUCGCAUGAAUUACACGAACAUGAUCCUCUUCGACGACGACAUCGCGUCGACCCGCCGAGAUUCCCUGUACGUCGUGCUACCCAUCACCGUGAUCUACGUGGUGAUCUUCUUCACCGGCAUGAUCGGCAACAUCUCCACGUGCGUGGUGAUCGCGCGCAACAAGUCCAUGCACACCGCCACCAAUUACUACCUCUUCAGCCUCGCGGUGUCCGACCUCCUCCUACUCGUAUCCGGUCUGCCACCGGAAAUGUAUUACAUCUGGUCGAACUUCCCGUACAUAUUCGGCGAGGCGUUCUGCAUUAUUCAGAGCUUCGCCGCGGAGACCUCGGCCAACGCCACCGUUCUCACCAUCACGGCCUUCACCGUCGAGAGGUACGUGGCGAUCUGUCAUCCCUUCAUCUCGCAUACAAUGUCGAAGCUGUCUCGGGCGGUCAAGUUUGUGGUGGCGAUCUGGUUGUUGGCUCUGUGCCUCGCCAUUCCGCAGGCCAUCCAGUUCGGCAUCGUUUAUGAGUAUUUUAACGAAACCAUCAUUUCGGACAGUGCCAAGUGUUCGGUACGAUGGACGCUGAACGAGCACGCCUUCGAGAUCUCGACCAUUCUAUUCUUCGUGAUACCGAUGACGAUCAUCACCGUGCUGUACGUGCUGAUAGCCGUCAAGCUGCGACGCUCGAGCCUGCUGACCAUCAGUAAGAGGCAUCACGUUCCCGGUGGUUUGAAUCACGCGGACAGCAGCAGAGGAAAGACGAACGCUCAGAGGAACGUCAUUCGCAUGCUCGUUGCAGUAGUGGUAGCCUUUUUUAUCUGCUGGGCGCCAUUUCACGCACAGAGACUGCUCGCCGUUUACGCUCAGAGCAGUCUCAGCUCAUCUGAGGCGAAGGAUACCGUGGUCAUAGUCUAUACUACUCUCACAUACGUGUCGGGGGUGUUCUACUAUUUAUCCACCACGGUGAAUCCACUCCUCUACAAUAUCAUGUCUAACAAGUUUCGAGAGGCUUUCAAGUCGAUGUUGCCCAAGCGUUGCGUCAGGAAGUUCUCAUCUCAUAAGGGCACGCAUCGACAGCCGACUUACAGCAGCCUGUCGCGGUAUCAAAGGUCGAUGAGGCAUCGAUUCGACGAUCCUCAGCACUCACCCUCAAUAUCGGUUAGCGAUGAACAGCAACGAUUAACGCAUAUUGCACUAGCGAACGCAAACUCCUGCGAGCUGAACGGGCUCGCGAAGAACGAGCGGCCUCAUAUCGCGAUCAGGGAAACAAGUUGCCGAGAUUACACCAGAAGAGUGUCCAGAGAUUCCGAUUCCAGUCAAGUUACCAUGAUGACAUCGUUGAGCAAAGAUCGCGACGAGGGCAACAACAACGUGACUGCCACGAACGACUGCCUAUCGAGGAUUCACAGGUCGUCGAAGGCUGUCACUUUAGGGAUCCUUACGGAAAGACUGGGCCUCGGCACAAAAGGAUUUUUCGCGCAACACCGGAAGAAUUUACCGACGAAUCCAACGAAACCGAAAAACGUGCCGCCAUGCCGAUUUCAGAGUCACCCGAGCAUCGAGAGCUCCAAUACGAUUAGUAACUCCAGUCUUCAGGAAUUUGACGAGACCGAAUUCACUGGGACGGAGCUGGCACGUUACAUGGGCGAGUUGAAUUUCAACCUAGUUACCUGACAUUCAUUCUUUGCGAGAGAAUGCCGUCUCUCGAAUUAGAUAUCGAGCAGAAAUCAAAACUCUCUGUGAACUCUCUUGAAACGACAGAUUUCUACAAAUUUUUAAUCCGAGAGUCUUUUCCGAAGGUCGCAAUUGAGCUCGCGAAUCGCGAGUCUCGGAUGCAACCGAUGCUGGAUUUAGCCGCGUGCCAAACGGUACACAGUUGCAUCAUCGAGACGAAUUGGCGCGAAACAUAAGCAGAAGGCGAGCAGAACUUUGCAGAAAGUUCUAUGGCAAGAAGAGAAAGGAACUGAUCCGCUUAUUUUGAUCGCACGAAGAGGCGCAAGAUAUAUGGAAAUUGAUGAAAAUGUAAAUAAACGGUAUUAAAAGCACCGCAUGUAAUUUACGGACUAAAAGGGGAUAUUUAGGCGUAUCAGUGAUUCACACGAACAGCCAUGCCGGAAAUUACAUGGACGCAGGAUGUAAAACAUGUGUGGAUGUUUGAUAUAUCUAAAAGUACGUAUGUUGCGAACGCGUUAUACCUCUACACGGCUGUUAAUAACGCUAGUCUUCCGCAAACGCGGAGAAAAUUUGCAGAUACAGAAUGUUCCUAAGAACGUGUAUAAUGAAGAUUAGUAUGAUGUUCUUAUUAAUAAUGUAAUCAUGUAAUUAAAUGGAACAUUCUGUCAUCAGUUAUGUCAACGCGUGUCAAGACAGCUUCUUCCUUUUCAUCCAUUGUCAAAACUAAUAUAAUUUUUCGUGAUAAUAGUACAUUGCAUAACGAUUUUAAUGUUAAGCGCGAUCAAAAAUUUAUAUAAACGUAAAGCCUGCGUAAUUUAUUUAUUUCUGUCAUGUCGUACGAACAUUAGAGGAAUGUCAACACGCACAAAAUUAUUUCGACAAUACCAAUAAAAAAUAGUUGAUUACAAAA